AGAGGUAUUACUCCGCUAUUCACGCGUCGAAGUUCCGAUGUAAGGCUUGAGGUAAGGCUGUACGAAGUACGUAAGGUCAGCGCAGGGCUGAGGUGAGGGCCUGUGCGCCGUGACGAAGCCGAGCCAGGGUCCAGCUUCGAACGCGUCUCGCCGUUGGGCUUCCUACGCGACCAAGUGAAAUCAGCAGCGGCACACUCUUUACAAUUCCAACUCUCACACUCGCUCGCAAUUGUCCGUCAUGGCCGACGAAGAAAAGGUCCUCCAACUAUUUCCCGACCCACCGCCCUUCUUCAAGCACUUCACAACCGACAACCUCAAGCGCCUACAAGAUAUCGAGGACGAAGCCUCUCAUGUCACCCAAGCCUCGAACGAAGUCGCAAACGCCGGCUCAAAGCUCUCGCCAGAGCAGAUCCUCGCCCUCCCCACCGAACUUCGCUACCUCAUCCCACCCCCGCCGCCCGCCGAUGAGGAAUCUUUCCACGUCUUUGGCGAAACAACAAAGAGCUCCGGCACAAAAAAAUUCUCACAAGACAUGUCCUGGAUUGCCGACCGUUUAGGUGCCCCAGAUCACACCCUCGACGACUGGAGGUACGCACAACUCUACCCUUCCUCCCCUUCCACCUCCGAUUCGCAUUCUGCAAAUGCAAACAUCGACCGUCAAGCGUAUCUCAACCGCUUCAACCGCAGCUUGAUCAUCGAGUACAUACGCCUUCUCGGCAUCAUCGCUUUGGACCCGACAAGUCCGGGCAAGAACGAGGUCUUGAAGCAUAUUCUGAAUCUCGUGUGUAAUAUGCACAGCCUGAUCAAUGAGUAUCGGCCUCAUCAGGCGAGGGAGACGCUUAUUAGGAUCAUGGAGGAGCAGGUUGCAAGGAAGAAGAAGGAGAUUGAGGGUGUGAAGGGCAUGAGGGAGAAAGUCAGGAGUGCGCUGGACGGCUUUGGGAAGGCUGUGCAAGCUACCGGGGAGGUAGAGAGCGGGGAAACUGGAGAGGUGCUCAAGAAGGAUGGGCAGGACGACGCGCGGAAGCAUGCGCAGAGAGAUACGUGGGACGCUUUGGAUGAGGUGCUGGGGCAUUGAACGCACUGCAUGCGGUUAUCCACGACUCUUCUCCUCGAGGAUGGGGCCAAUAACAUGGGUGCGACCCCUACGACCACAGUCCCUAUCUCUCAUGCGCCAACUAGAGACCGAGUUCUCACGACCCGGUCAGGACGAUGACCAUCGACUUCGCACACACAGCCGAAGCUGGUGCCGAAGCUGAAGCUGGAGCUGAAUGCCAGCAACGGUCAAGUGUGAAGAUUGGGCAACGGCAGCAGCGAUGAGCGACAG